AGGCGUGGAACAUCCGCUGCAGGACUAGAAUCGAGGAGAAUGGCUCGCUACUUCGGAGGAAUACAGGGGUAAGAUGGAGAAAACACCUUCCUGGUGCGUGCCUCACUUGCUCUGGUCAGAGCAGCGGUGGGUCUCACUCGGACUGCGUCAUCCUGAACGAGAGAGGAGAGCAGGUUGGCUCCUCCUCCGGACCGGGCACUAACCCAUGGGGCAUCGGUCUUCGACCGCGCCGUGGAAGAGCUGGCGACCAUGGUUAAGAAGGCCAAAACAGACGCUGGAAUCCCUCAGGACAAGCCACUGGACUCGCUAGGAAUGGCUCUGAGUGGAGGAGAGCAGGCAGAGGCCCAGCGGAGGAUCGCGGAGGGGAUGACUAGCAAACACCCCAACACAGCCAGUGUGCACCACGUCUGUACCGACACCUUUGGCUCCAUAGCCACUGCCUUUCCCAAAGGAGGAAUGGUCCUCAUCUCAGGGACGGGCUCAAACUGUCAGCUACUCAACCCAUCAGGCUCCGCCCCUCGCUGUGGGGGGUGGGGUCACAUGCUGGGCGAUGGCGGCUCUGGUUACUGGCUCAGCCACAGGACCAUUCGAACGGUGUAUGAUGCAGAAGAUGGGCUGGUGACGCCUGCCCAUGACUACGCUGCCGUCAAGAAUCUUGUCUUUGAACACUUCAAGCUGGAGAAGAGGUAUGACAUUCUCGACCAUCUCUAUGAGAAGUUUGAAAAGUCACACAUUGCCACUCUCUGCAAACCCCUCGCUGAAUGUGAGCCAAACCAAAUGGUAGUGUGUGUGGAGCAUUAUAAGAGAAACAUUCAAUUAAGAUCCAUUCUUAAUGCAGAGAUAUGUAGAAUGUACUGGGCAAGCAGUCUGUCUCCUUCUCACCUCUUUUUCCACUGGUGUUCCCAUUUCCAGUGGCAAGGAAGGGUGACAAGCUGGCAAGGCAGGUGUUCUGGGAUGCAGGAGAGAUCCUGGGAGCCCAUGUGAAGGCCCUGGUCCCACAGGCAGAGGAGCCGUUUUCUAAGACACCUGGAGGACUUCGCAUCGUGGCCGUUGGUUCAGUUCUCACCCACUGCUGGGACCUCCUCAGAGAAGGGUUCCUGUCGGUAGUGGGGGAGGUGGUGAGUGAUCUGUCAGUGGUGAAACUGUGUGUAUCUAGUGCAGUGGGCGGAGCCAUCCUCGGGGCUCAGAAACUCAACUUCACUCUGCCUGUGAACUACAGUGCCAACACAAACCUAUUGGAACAUUUCAAGAAAUGAUUUCUGUUGGUUCUUUGUAUGAUAUUGUAAUGAAAUUUUUUCAGUA